AUGCCAGAACCCUUAAAGAUCGCAAUGUUAGAUCAAUUAUUAAAGAAAGUCAAUGCUGACUCUGACAUUUUUCAAAACUUUAGACCAGUUUCGAAUCUUAAAAUUUUGUCAAAGCUCAAUGAAUAUCGUGUGGAAAAUGAAUUACAUGAAGUCUUUCAAUCAGCCUACAAGUCGUUUCAUAGCACGGAGACAUCUUUAUUACGA